GGAGCGGGCGCCUGUGUUGAUUUCCAUCCAGAUACGGACUUCAAGAUCGUCAUCUGCGGAGCAUCCUUCUUCACCCACCCCAAUCCACAUCUACUUUUAUCAAACCCACUUCUAUCGCAUUGGGUCUGCAGAGCUAGACCGCGCAUUUUCUGACGUUACACGCACGCUUUUGACAGGCUUCGGCCACAUACUUACUUGAGCAGGCUGCUAGGAGACUGCGACUGUACUGAGGAGACCUUAAGGACCUAAACCGCCCGGCGGAGCGCCGCUUGCACUGCGUGAGAUUCGGACCCAUCAGGACUAUCAUUUCCUCGGACAACAACACCCGGACUCGACGAGCAUACAAUAUGCUGUCCACAAAUGCACCAUCGGGCAUCCAGCGCCGACGAACGCUCCACCGCCGACAAAACUCAACACCGGCGGCGUUCGAGGCGCCCCGACUGCACCAACUACCGACUAACAUACAGCAACGACGAACGCAGCGGACAGGCAUGAGUCUUGACCUCCGGGGCCUUAACCUCGAGGCAAUGACGAGGCCUGGGACUGCUGCUACCAUUCCGGAAUACGCGACACCGGAUGGAACGGUAAGCAAUACUAACCUAGGACAACAACCACAGCAUACUAUGCAAGUAGCGCAUUCGCACAGCCAGCACCAGCCGGGCCCCCAGCAACCCUUUUUGCGAUCCCCAGUACAGUCUCUUCCAUCACCCCGGACUCCUCAUCGGACGCUCCGGCCGCAGUCUCCCCCGCGGCCUUCUCACUCUCCUUCGCGAGCUCCCAACUCGCCCACCAAAGCAAUUGUAGAUCAGAGGAUCAAAGAUCUACAAGAAGACGUACUAGCAGUGUACGGUCCCAAUGCUAACCUCUUCAUCACUCUCCCCACACCGAAUGCGACACCACAGAAGCCGGCCCAAAUCGCGCCACAAGAGCAACUUCAGCCAGCUGCAUUGGCACCGAGCUUCUCAGAUCUCGCAGACAUCAAAUUCUCACCGAGCUCAAAUGCGAUGGCCUUCAAUUUCGAGAACCUCGACUACGACAUGGGCUACGAAUCCUCGUCGUAUUACACGUCCGAUGCGCUCUCUCCAUCACCUAUCUCCUCUCCAAACCAAAAAUCGAUGCAAGCGUUCCUGGAGAACAUUCCCGAGUUUCCUACGCAGGAACAGAUGGCGGAGCUUACACCGCAUAGCUCCGCAUUUUCACAAGCUCCCAUGUUCUCUCCCUCUAGCGCAUCAAUGUCCAUGAACGGAAUACCUUCUACCGCUUUGUCGCAGUCCGCGCUUUUGCCUGAGCUAGAAAUCGACGCCAGCCUAGAAUACACCGGCAUUUCUCCAGAGGAAGUGCAGCGCUACAUCAGCGAACAAGACCAAACUACGAACAAGUGGACAUGUCUUUACCCCGAAUGCGGCAAGGUCUUCGGUCGGCGAGAAAACAUCCGCUCCCACGUCCAGACACACCUCGGCGACAGGCAAUACAAGUGCAACGGAUGUGGAAAGAAGUUCGUCCGUCAGCAUGACCUAAAGCGACAUGCAAAGAUACACACCGGAAACAAGCCUUACAAGUGCCCCUGCGGUGCCGGUUUCGCGAGGCAAGACGCACUAACGCGCCACCGACAGCGUGGGAUGUGCGUAGGCGGGUUCGAGAACGUAGUACGAAAGAACGUGAAGCGCGGCCGUCCGAAGAAGCAUCGCCCAGAGUUGGAUGAGCGUAUUGAUAAAGCCAACAAGACUCGCCGUGCACUAGCAUCUGCGUCCUCCUCAGUCUCUGGAGGCUCGCCUAUGUCAGAUCCACGUUCUUCUCCGCCACCGUUCGAGAACGAUCUACGGGCGCAAACAUCGUCAACAAUGCUUCACGAGUCGGUGAGCUAUCACGAACAGAUGAGCUCGAAUUCAGACCAUUACACUUAUGAAUCCGAUGCGAAGCCUUACAUCGAGCACUCUACCUCCAGCUUCGCGUCUAACAGCUCAUAUGCUGAUGAUGCGACAUCAAUGGCUCUCCUACAACACUUUUCACAACCUACACAUACGCCUCCCAUGUCGCCAGCCAACCAACGUCCGAAUUCUUCCGGAUCAGCAAGCAGCGGGAAGGCACCUAUCCACUCAAGUCCUCUGAAAGUCGCAUCUACGCCCUCUCAGUCAUCGACCCAGUCAAAUCCGUUCACGACCCCUCCCACAUCACCCGCCGAGCCGAAAGACGAAAUAGAUGAGCUGUUCGAGUUACCCGAUAACUCGUAUUCCCAGUUUGAGCUCGAGCUUCAAGCUAUGGGCACCUUGGACGGGUCGUGCGACUUCUUGGAUUUCACUGUGUAAAUUUGGCAACCGCCUCUAUUGAGAAUGUUGUAUGAUACUUUUUUGAGCUUUUACGAACGCGACACGAAACGGCGUUCUAAUAUCUCAGGGAGCACACCUGCUGGCUGGGUGCCAAUCGGCGAAUAUGGCUUUGGACGGAUACGUUUUAAUGGGCUGCAUCACGACAGAAUGAAUCUUCUUGAUACUGUGUUAUAGGGUUUGCUUGCCACCAACGCUCUUUAGCCGUUGUUUUGGAGGAGCAGGCAAACGGAGGGGAUGUGGCUUUUUGCUUCUUUUCUUGCUUGCCCUUGAGCGUUUGAAUAACGUGGAUAGUGCAGAUAGCUGUGCAACGACGGCAAUGUCCGUAAUGGAAUAUCACAUCGAC